AAUUCGAUUAAGUAGCUCGGCAGUGUAAAUAACGUAGGGAAGCUUAUGCAGGAAUAUUUACAGAACUUCAGGAAAUUUCUGUAAAGCACUUAGCAACACUGGCCGAAGAGCAGUCAGCAGUGUCAGGUGUAAGAAGUGUAAGGUGAGUUGAGUUCGAUGGUUCUGAAAUGUAAUGAAUGUAAUCCGCAUCGGAAAUCGCAUAUCGGAGUAGUAGGGAUUUCUUCAUUGGUGUGCUGAAGAAGGUGCCCUCAGAUUAACGCAACUCGAAUAACAGAAAUUAGUUGGUUAUUUGCGUUGACAAAAUUAACAAUCAACAUUUCCUUAGUGUGGCCGAACGAAUUUUUGUUGGUGUUUAUUUUUCAGUGAUAAAUGAUGAAUGUAAACAAUGCCCUACGUUGCGAUUAGGGGGUUGCAUACAGAAAUGGACAUUGAUCAUCGGAAACAUGUGAGUUUCUAAUCCACUCUGCAUGGGAUUUGGUGUCAACAAUUCGUUUUCCAGUACUCUAAGAAGGGACAUGCCCUAUGAUGAGCACUGGACGGAGCCAGGUAUGGCGCCGUCGAAGUGGGUCGACUUUGUGGUUACGUGGUGGCAUAAUAAUAUUCAUAAUUAUAUUUAUAUGGGUGCAAAUAAGUUUUAUCGACUUUGGGGCAUCUGUCCCACCCUAUCCCGACUACAACGACUCCCAAGCAGCCAUACUUAGUAUGGUACCUGUAGUGUUGCACAAGUUUCUAGCACCUAAGCCUAAAAACGGUACAAACCUAGGUCUAAACGGCAGUUACAAUAAUUUAGGAUAUUUUAAGGCUACUUUUAAUAUAUCGGAUAUCAAACGAAGCAUAGCACAAUACAAUCUUCAGCAAACUGUUUACAACGAAGACCUCUUUGGGCCACUUCAAAACGACUCCAUUGUUAUUGUUAUACAGAUUCAUGACCGAAUAACGUAUCUUCGUCAUCUCAUAGUUAGUCUAGCUCAAGCGCGUGAUAUAUCACAAGCACUUAUUGUAUUUUCUCAUGAUUACUAUGACGAAGAAAUUAACACUUUGGUUCAGAGCGUUGACUUUUGUAAAGUGAUCCAGAUAUUUUAUCCAUUUUCUAUUCAAACGCAUCCUAACGAAUUUCCAGGUGAAGACCCGGGAGAUUGUCCAAGAGAUAUUAAAAAGGACAAAGCGUUACAGUUAAAAUGUAAUAAUGCUUUAUAUUCCGAUCUUUACGGUCAUUAUCGGGAAGCAAAAUUCACACAGACCAAACAUCACUGGUGGUGGAAAGUGAAUAGGGUUUUUAAUCAACUAGACGUAACCAGAAAUCAUUCAGGCCUUGUACUUUUUCUGGAGGAAGAUCACUACGUAGCCGAGGACUUUAUUCAUAUUUUGAGACUCAUGUCCAAGACUUGUAGUGACAAAAUUUGCAAUAUUUUAUCAUUGGGAACAUAUUUGAAGACUUACAACUACUACGGCGAUUCGAAAAAGAAAGAGGCAUUACGCGCGAAACAGCAGUCAAAUAAAAAAAUAGUCGAAGUUCAGCCGUCAUGGACAUUUCAGGUGUUACCUUCAUUGUAUCAGCACCCGCAAAAGGUGGAAAUUACCCCGUGGAUAAGCAGCAAGCACAAUAUGGGCAUGGCAUUUAACCGCACAACAUGGAACGAAGUAGUUAAAUGUGCAGCUUUUUUUUGUAAAUACGACGAUUACAACUGGGAUUGGUCAUUGCAGCACAUAUCACAGAAUUGCUUAAAACAGAAGCUUCAGGCUAUGGUUGCUAAGGGCCCUCGGGUUUUUCAUAUUGGAGAAUGCGGGGUCCAUCACAAGAAAGAUAAUUGUGGUUCCACAGCGGUGAUAUCAAAAGUUCAGCAGGUGCUGAGAUCGGCUAAGAGAUAUCUAUUUCCGGAAUAUUUAAUUUCGUCGUAUGCCGCAAUUCUAAAGAAAAAUAAGCUUAGGAAAGGCAAUGGAGGAUGGGGUGAUCAUAGAGAUCAUAAACUGUGCAUGAGUAUGACUAUCACAUAAUCAAAACUGCUCAGCUCUAGUUAAGGUUGUAAUUUUCACGAGAUAUUUUUUUAAAUAUACAGACCAAACCGUACAUCUAGGUUGAGAGAUACAUAAAAAAAGUAAUCGUCCCUUCUAUAAAAACCUUCAUCAGACUCAAAAAUUAACGUUUUAAGACACUCCAAUAAAAAUUAAACCAAAAUAAAGCUGCUUCAUCGUUGCACGGGACCCUACUGUUGCCAUCGACAAUAUAAUUUCUUUAGUAUUGUAAUUUUAUGAUUAUACCUAGAUUGUACGCUUACACAUUGGUAUUUACUUGUCUACCCACUUAGUUGCAUGGUUUUCUCUGUCUGCAAGCACAUGGACAAAUAAUGAUGUAUUUCAAAACCAAAUACUUAGUCUAUAACAUAAGGCAACGCCAUAUUUUGUACAAUCGUUAUAAACAUAGUUCAUAAUGGACUUUUACAAGUGCAGCCCAGCAUUUCAGUUACAGAUUUUCUAGCUUUCAAAUUCGUUUCAUAUUUAUAAAAGUUGCAAUUCUGCAAUUACGGGGUUUUAUGAUUUGUUCAGAAUACUGUUAGCUUUUUGUCCAUUAAUGACUAUUUACUUGCUACUAAAAGUUGCUUUUAACAUCACUACUCCCGUGAUAUUUUUAGUCCUAUUAGAUAACAUAAUGUGGCACUUCAAUAUUUGUGGUAAGUUUGAAGGAGCUAAAUGAAGCUGUCGGUGAAAAUUUACUUGAUCUAGACUAAACAGAGCUCCUCCCAAAAUAUUUGUUGCCUAAUUCCAACGAACGCCUAUUGAAUGCUAUUUAUAACCGUUACUACAUUUCGAAAAAAAUCAGUGUUAAAUGUACAAGGGUUUUUCAACUUCACAGAAAUAACUGAAUGCUAUUUGAUGUCAAUAUAUUUUUUAAAAUCUAUUUCAGCUAUCAGCUUAAAAUAAUUUUUGUUUUAAAGUUGUUAUUCUUAAAUAAAGAUUAUUCUUGUUGAUGGGUCAGUUUACUAAAAAUAUACUUUAUGAAUUUGCAUAUUGAAGAUUGAAGCAUUCUCGUACAUCCACACAAUAAAAUGAUAAAUAUUAGAUACUUGGCCUAUGCAAUUGGUUUAGUAAAUGCUAUUUUACAGCGUCAUAUUUAUACACAAUUGCUUUACACCCGUCUUUAAAAAUGCUUUUACAAUGUUUUACGAUCUAGUCAACGUUGUUAACAGAAAACGUAUAUUACGGAAUUUCUUAGAGUACUAUAAGGUAUCGACUCGUGAUGGGAACUAUCGAAUAGUUGUAAUGUAAAAUUUAAUUCAUUUUAAUUAUUCGAUAGCAGUGUUAUCAGCAGCAUGUCAUUUGGCAUCGUGAUAUUAAACAGGUUAGGGGCAAACAGUACCUACACAAUGCAUCUCGAAUCUAAAAGAUGCAUUUUAAGUCGCUGCAUUACUUUUUUAUGAAUAAAGUACAGUACUCAAUUAGUUCAUACUAACUGAAAACCUGCAUUUUCAAAAGAAUAUAAAUUUGUAAUUUGUAUCUGUACUACACUGCACUAGAUAGCGCGCACUAUUCAAUGAAUGAUUUUAUUCGAUAGUUGCAUCCAUUAAUUUAGUAAUCAUUCGAUAGUGCCCAUCGUAUCGACGCACAUUAAGCGACGAUCAGCUUAACAUGGAAUUUUUCUAGUCUUAGUGUAAAAAACAUUUGCUAUUUUUAGGGAUCUUCAUUUAAUUGUGAUAUAGUUUUUUUAGGUUUAUUCGUUAUUAUUUUUUAUUAUGUUUACAGAAUUAUAUAUUUUGUAUACUGGUUUUAUAUACUUUCGUUAUAUUAUCCUUUAUUCAGUAAUGUCUUUCAGGCACAGCUAGUUAUUUUGAAAGAGCAGUUAUGAUUUAUUUGUUGAUUUCUGAGGUUUGUUCUAGAUGUAAACUUAGUGAUUAAGUUAUCAAUCCCUAUUCCUUUGUUAAAUUGUUUAUUGUUAUUACUUGAUGAACCCAAACUGGUGACACCAACAAGAAUGUGCACGGUUAUAUCGGACGUACCUACAAGUUGUAGUUGAUUUAUUAUUUCUGUACAUGUGAAAUAAUAAUUCAUUAAAAAGCUCGAAAAGUGAUAAUUCUGUCUCAUUUUAUUAGAUUAUGGCGAAAUUACUAGAUACGUAUUUUUUUAAGGUAGAUCAUAGACUACUUUGCAAUAGGUUAUUUUCACAUUGGAAUUAACGGGCUUGAUUAGAUUUAAUUACUUCUUAAUGAGGCCAUAUUAAUAUGUAUUGAAGUACAUUUUAUUGUAAUUUUUAAGAUGUACUGCUUUCCCACCAUGUAAACGUAAAACAAAGUGAUAGUAAAUUCGUAAUCAGAUUAAAUUAUGCAUUGAUUUUUUACUUGUAUUUAUACAUGUAUAAUAUAUUGAUAUAAGAAAA